UUCGUGGGUUUCGUGGAUUUCGUGGAUUCCCUGGACCUUCUGAAAUCACCCGGGCUGUAAGCAGUAUACGCUCGUAAUUAGACCUGUUUUCUUUCUGUAAUAGAACUGCAUUAUAUCAGCAACAAGACAGUGUCCGCGGAGAUCUUUUCAUCACCAACAUUCUUCAUCACCUCGGCCGACAGAAGAUUAUACAACAAGACUUCCUGCCACACACACAGAGAACGGUUCCUGUUCACAAAAACAUGAUCGAAAUAAAGAAAACAUCAAUCAUCUAUGGGAUAUUGAGCCGAUGACGUACUUCAUCGCAGUUCAGUGUCACAAUGCUAGAGGGGGGUGUGUUGAAAUAUUGAUUGGGGUCAUUUUCCUGUUUGAUCGUGACUACACAUAAUGGGACUGGUUUCAACCUGAUCCUGUAAGAGGUUUAGCGGACGCGAGACCGUUCACCAGGAACCUCUGUGUCCGACGUGCCGGCUCCCGAUCUGAAGGAAAGCAGCUACAUUGCCACUAUCUCAAUGGCUGACGGCAGCAUUCCCAGCUUCAAGGCAGCUGACCUGGUCAUCGAGCUGUCCUCCACUCCAAAGGCCAAACAGGACCGGCCGGCCUUCGGGAACGUCUUCACGGACCACAUGCUGACCAUAGAGUGGAGUGCGAGUGAGGGCUGGCAGGCUCCGCUCAUCAAGCCCUUUGGAAACCUGACGCUCCACCCAGCCUGUUCGUCACUACACUACGGCAUACAGCUGUUUGAAGGGUUGAAGGCGUUUCGUGGGGAUGACAACCAACUGCGUCUCUUCAGACCGAUGCUCAACAUGAGCCGCAUGGCCGACUCGGCGAAGAGAGCUUGCCUGCCUGCCUUUGAUCAGUCAGAGCUUCUGAAGUGCAUCAGGCGACUGGUAGAGAUCGAGCAGGACUGGGUUCCUCACUCUGAAUCGGCCAGUCUGUACAUCAGACCCACGUUCCUCAGCACUGAGCAAUCUCUGGGUGUAAAGAAGGCUUCCAACGCCUUGCUGUAUGUGAUUUUGUGUCCAGUGGGCUCGUACUUCACCAGCGAAACAAAGAGUCUGUCCUUGUGGGCCGACCCAAAGUACACCAGGGCAUGGAAAGGAGGGACUGGAAACUACAAAAUGGGCGGAAACUACGGGUGCUCUUUGUUCGCCCAGUACGAAGCAGAGGAUCAUGGGUGCCAGCAGGUGCUGUGGCUGUACGGGGAGGACCACCAGAUCACCGAGGCAGGCACCAUGAACAUCUUCCUCCACUGGAUCAAUGAGGAUGGAGAGGAGGAACUUGCAACUCCGCCACUGGACGGCAUCAUACUCCCAGGUGUAACCCGACAGAGCAUCCUGGAACUGACCAGGAGAUGGGGGGAGUUUAAGGUGACGGAGCGCUACCUGACCAUGAGCCAGCUGUGCUCUGCCCUGAAGCAGCUGCGGGUCAAAGAGGUAUUUGGCAGCGGUACUGCCUGCAUGGUCUGUCCCAUCGGACACAUUGUUUACCAGGGAGAGAACUUGCACAUCCCCUGUCAGGAGAAAGACUCACAGUUGGCUUCACGGAUAGCAAAGGAGCUUGUGGAUAUUCAGCAUGGACGCACACCCAGCGACUGGACCCUCCUGGUGUAACACCCACCUCCACAUCGACCAGCGUGUGCACGAGGAGGUCACAGCAUCAACGACAAAAGGCUAUCAUGCACUUUGUCACAAUGUUUGGCAAUAUUGGUAGUUUAACUGCAACACGCUGGCUCUGUGGCGAGUGUGUGAUACAACUUUGCCCCUUUUAAGCUUAAAUUAAUGAUAAGCACACAACUGUUCAACAUAAUUACCGACAGUAGGCUAAUGUCUCAUGCAAUAGUGCACAAUAACUUACAGUAGCUUUUCUUCUGCUGCUUUCCAACCAGCGUGGGAUAAAACAUGAAAAGAGAAAUCAUCAGUGAGUUACAGAGAAUUUCACAUCACUUGUGCAAAGUUACUAAGUUUCUACACGAGGGCGAGUUCUACUCCUCUGAUGGGUAUAGUAUGGAAACAUCGGGCAGUUUAAAAAGCCAAAAGGCCGUUUGCUUUUCAUUUUGGGGUUGUACUAUGUUCUUGUUUCAGAGGACAUGCAGAUGUUUCUGAAUUUGAGUUUUAUUGUAAACAUUUUAAACAUUUAGAAUCUGCAGACAAGGCGUCGUCGCCUUUUGGUAAGAGCAUCAAACAAAUGUUACGGACAACUGGAAGUACCACACGGGAGUUUCUUCACUACCGUGUGGAGCUCGUCAGCCAGUAUACCGGACAAAUAUUAUCCGUGAGAGAAGUAGUGUGUGUCAAUGCAGCUGAUGGGUUACAGGAUUACAGGACGACAUUACCAGAGGUGUCUCAAGAUCUGACCGGCAUACACGUGAACUCAUUUUAAAGGGAUGUUCAUUAUGAAUACUGUAAGGCUGUAUGGUUAUUAUUAUUAUAGAAUGGAUUUGUCCCUGUUAUGAUGUUGAACAGAGAGCUCUUGGCCUGUGCUUGUAUGUGCACUGUAGAAGCACUGUGGGAAGGAAGGCCAGCGUACUGUUGUUACACUCUGAAACUUGUGUUUGUUAUGGCAAUGACUAAUGUUCUACUUUCUCAAAAUAAAACGAUAAUCAAACAACAUAAA